GAUGCCCCCUUCUCCCUGUCCCUGGCUGUGAUUGGGGAGGGGUGGACAGGCUCAUUUCCUCUCUCCCCUCCCCGCAGGCAAUGGGAAGUUUUGUUUGUGAAGAACUGUGGAGUGUGAACUCCCCCCUCACCCUCUCCUAACUCUGCCGCCAUUUACAUACUAAUGGAUUAUUAGCAUUUCACAGUGCAGGGAGGUGGAUAUAAGGCCGGUGCCCCCCUCCCAUGUACAGCUCUAGCAGUGACCUGUGCCAAGCACACACCACCUCUGGGACAGUCACCUCCACACUGACCUCCACCUGAGGGUAGAUCCGGACUGAGUGCUGCCACCAUGCUCUACAACCCGGUCUUCCCUGGCUUUGGGCACCACCUGGCACAGAGCCCCACCAUGCCCGUGGCCUCUGAGGUGCAGAGGGGGCCCAAGCUCUCCUUCAACAUUGACUCCAUACUCUCCAAGCCGGACAAACCUGCUCCCAAACCUGGCUGGCAGCCCGCAUCUCCCCCGUCCUACAGGUACUCCUAUGGAGCUAUGCCCUACCCUCCAGUGUGGCUGUACAAGCCGGCAGGUGGCUACAGCAACUUCAUCCAGGCGCAGCAGCAAGUGGCAGUGCCCAGGGGAGAGUGCCCCUGCUCCGACCCCCUGUGCAAGGACAAAGGACUUGCAUUCACACACUGUGACAACGGGGCCAUAGGAGCUCUGUCUUGGAGGACCGGUCCCUGCAAGAUGAAAAGGAUCAGGACUGUGUUCACCCCCGAGCAGCUGGAACGGCUGGAGAAGGAGUUCCUGAAGCAGCAGUACAUGGUGGGCACAGAGAGAGUGGACCUGGCCACUACACUCAACCUCACAGAAACUCAGGUAAAAGUCUGGUUUCAGAACCGUCGCAUUAAGUGGAGGAAGCAGAGCCUGGAACAGAAGAAAGCCAAGCUCUCCCAAUAUGGGGUUAUCCCGGCCGAGAGUCCGGAUCACACUGACGAGAGGGAGAUGGAAGAUGAGCUGGAUGUAGAACUCUAGGUUCCAUGGCAUGGGUUUUCAUGUCUCCUGAAUUGUUGACCACUAGAACUUUUGGACUCUUCAGUCUGACUGGAUGAUUCAGCCUGGUAAAAGUUGCCUGAAGACUAUAACAGGAGGAUCAGGUUUUACUCCUUUGCCAAAUUUUUUUCUAAAAAUAGCACUAAAGACAAAGUGACAGAGACACAUAAAGGGCUACCAAAACCGAUGACCAUGAUAAUCAUCCCUCUAUCCGUUCCCUCCAAGCCAUAGAUAGACCAAGGUGCUACCAUUGUCCUGGGUUCACUAAUGUGACGCCACCCCUAGCAGUGCCCUGGAUGGCGGAUGGACUCUUGCAUCUAUGCGUGUUGUUGACCAGGACUUAUUUCAUCCGUAGAAUGUUCUUUAUCUAAGUUGUGUCUUGCUGAGCGACUCUUAUGAUGUGACCCAGCACUUUGGUCUCCUAGUUGUAUAGACUGGGUGAAAUAUGAGAAGGGGACACAGUGGCAUUUUUGGACUCUAUGGGUCCAUGGGUAUAUUUAAUUGUACAUGUUUUCCGUAAAUUAACAGUUCAUAGUUUUAUACUUAUCUGAUCUAUGUAAGCGGGCGUAUCUGGGCGGUUAGUUAUUGUCUUUCCAGUUGCCUUACUUUUCUUACCAAAAAUACAAACAAAUAACCAGGUGUUGGUACACUUAUACACUUGGCUUAUUUCUUGUAGACUGUUCUGGUAACUGGUCUUAUAUAUAUUUUGUGCAGGGGGGAGGGGGGUUGAUGACACAUUGCAGUGCAGUGUGCAACGGGUAGUCUUCGCACCCUGGGACUUCAUCUGUGGCUGAAUUUAAGGUCCAAGACUUCUCUGAUACAGUGGUCCGUUGAGUUCCAGGGCCUUGUUCCUGACUUUAUAGGGCUCUAUAUCUUCCAUAAAGUAACUUUCUGGAAAAUAUAGAUCCUCAGAUUUCCUGUUUUCCAGUAGAUGUCUUAUCUGCUUGAUGUGUACAAUGCUCUGAUUGUAUAGAGACCUUCUAGUCAACAUCCAAUCAUUUACUGGAGCACAGAGUCAGUAACCGAGGGGUUAUUUGGGGGGACUGGGAAGGCCAGGGUGUCUGCUUGUAAUAAUGACUGUACAUACUGUUACUUUAUUUAUAUAAAACAUAUUGGAUACUGUAAUUUAUUUAUUUC